CAGACGGCCGUCUCCUCGCAGUGCGACCGCGGCGGCAGCGUCAGGGUCCCCAGGAGGCGGCCCAGGGCGCCAGUGCUCUGGGGGCGCAACCCAGGCCUGCGUGGGUCCGAGGAACCGGGGCCCCGGCGUCGCGAUUCUUAUAGAAAGCUGUUAAUUCUUUUUGAACACUAUGAAUAACCACGGGUCUUCAAAACCGUCUUCCAUGAAGCUGAAACACACCAUCAACCCCAUUCUUUUGUAUUUCAUACAGUUCAUAAUAUCACUUUAUACUAUUUUAACAUACAUUCCAUAUUAUUUUUUGUCUGAGUCAAGACAAGAAAAAUCAAACCGAACUAAAGCAAAGCCUGUAAAUUCAAAACCUGACUCUGCAUACAGAUCUGUUAACAGCUUGGAUGGUUUGGCCUCCGUAUUAUACCCUGGAUGUGAUACACUUGAUAAAGUUUUUAUGCAUGCAAAAAACAAAUUCAAGGACAAAAGACUCUUGGGAACACGUGAAAUACUAAAUGAGGAAGAUGAAGUGCAACCGAAUGGAAAAGUUUUUAAAAAGGUUAUUCUUGGAAGCUAUAAUUGGCUUUCCUAUGAAGAUGUCUUUGUGAGAGCCUUUAAUUUUGGAAACGGCUUACAGAUGCUGGGUCAGAAGCCCAAGACCAACAUCGCCAUCUUCUGUGAGACCAGGGCAGAGUGGAUGGUCGCUGCACAGGCCUGCUUCAUGUAUAAUUUUCAGCUUGUUACGCUGUAUGCUACUCUAGGGGGUCCAGCAAUUGUUCAUGGAUUAAAUGAAACAGAGGUGACCAACAUCAUUACUAGUAAAGAACUCUUGCAGACAAAGUUGAAGGACAUCGUUUCUCUGGUCCCUCGCCUGCGGCACAUCAUCACUGUAGAUGGAAAGCCGCCGACCUGGUCUGAGUUCCCCAAGGGCGUCAUCGUGCACACCAUGGCGGCCGUGCAGGCUCUGGGAGCCAAGGCCAGCGUGGAAAACAAACCCCUUAGCAAACCAGCGCCCUCAGAUAUUGCAGUAAUCAUGUACACAAGUGGAUCCACAGGAAUUCCAAAGGGGGUCAUGAUCUCUCAUAGUAACAUUAUUGCUGGUAUAACUGGGAUGGCGGAAAGGAUUCCAGAACUCGGGGAGAAAGAUGUUUACAUUGGAUAUUUGCCUCUGGCCCACGUCUUAGAAUUAAGUGCUGAGCUUGUCUGUCUCUCCCAUGGAUGCCGCAUCGGCUACUCUUCACCACAGACUUUAGCAGAUCAGUCUUCAAAAAUAAAAAAAGGAAGCAAAGGAGAUACAUCCAUGUUGAAACCAACACUGAUGGCAGCUGUCCCGGAAAUCAUGGAUCGAAUCUACAAAAAUGUCAUGAAUAAAGUGAAUGAAAUGAGCAGUUUUCAACGCAAUCUGUUUAUUCUGGCCUAUAAUUACAAAAUGGAACAGAUUUCAAAAGGGCACAGUACUCCGCUGUGUGAUAGCUUUAUUUUCCGGAAAGUUCGAGGCUUGCUAGGUGGAAAUAUUCGACUUCUGUUGUGUGGAGGUGCUCCACUUUCUGCAACCACACAGCGAUUCAUGAACAUCUGUUUUUGCUGUCCUGUUGGUCAGGGGUAUGGACUCACUGAAUCUUGUGGGGCUGGAACAAUUACAGAAGUGUGGGACUACAAUACUGGCAGAGUGGGAGCACCAUUAGUUUGCUGUGAAAUCAAAUUAAAGAACUGGGAGGAAGGUGGAUACUUUAAUACCGAUAAACCACAUCCCAGGGGUGAGAUUCUUAUUGGUGGCCAAAAUGUGACAAUGGGGUACUACAAAAAUGAAGCGAAAACAAAAGCUGAUUUUUUUGAAGAUGAAAAUGGACAGAGGUGGCUCUGUACUGGAGACAUUGGGGAGUUUGACCCUGAUGGUUGUUUGAAGAUCAUUGAUCGUAAGAAGGACCUUGUAAAACUACAGGCAGGAGAAUAUGUUUCUCUUGGGAAGGUGGAGGCUGCUUUGAAGAAUCUCCCACUAAUAGAUAACAUUUGUGCAUAUGCAAACAGUUAUCAUUCUUAUGUCAUCGGAUUUGUUGUGCCAAAUCAAAAGGAACUAACAGAACUAGCACGAAGGAAAGGACUUCAUGGGACUUGGGAGGAGCUGUGUAACAGCUGUGAAAUGGAGAAUGAGGUACUGAAAGUGCUUUCUGAAGCUGCUAUUUCAGCAAGUCUGGAAAAGUUUGAAAUUCCAGUAAAAAUUCGUUUGAGCCCUGAACCGUGGACCCCUGAAACUGGUCUGGUGACAGAUGCCUUCAAGCUGAAACGAAAAGAGCUUAAAACACAUUACCAGGCGGACAUUGAGCGAAUGUAUGGAAGAAAAUAGUUAUUCUCUUUCAGCAUCAGUUUGCUGCAGGGAGCUCAGAUCAAAUAGGAAAAUACUUGAAAUGCAUGUCUCAAACUGUGAGGCAGAGUCCAUUCCUCAUAUUAAACCUAAACUGUUAUUUCUCAUGACAUCACCAUUUUUAACUGACAGGAUUAGUAAAAUAUUAAGACAGCAAACUUGUGUCUGUCUCUUCUUUCUUCCCCUCCUCCAGUUUACUUUACCACCUAGGACUGCACUUGUCAGCAUGAGGACUUUUAUGAAUCAUAUUGGGGAACAGUGAUUUUAAAACCUCAAGUUUUUAAACAUGAUUUAUAUGUUCUGUAUAAUGUUCAGUUUGUAACUUUUUAAAGUUUGGAUGUAUAGAGGACUAAAUAGGAAAUAUAAGAAUUGGUUAUUUGGGGGGCUUUUUUACUUACAGUAUUUAAAAUGCAAGGGUAUGGAUGUGAAAUUAUGUAAAUUUCAUUCAAAUGCUUAUGAAUCAAAUCAUUGUUGAACUAAAGAUUUGUUGCUGUGUAAUUAUUGUCUUGUAUGCAUUUGAGAGAAAUAAAUAUACCCAUACUUAUGUUUUAAGAAAUUGAGACCUUGUGAAUAUAUGCCUCACAGUGUCUUCUUUAUAUAUUUAUUUUUUCUUAGGGAAAAAUGAAGUUGGGUUGGUGCUGCAUGAAACAAUAGCAAUAGAGGGUUAUGGUUUCAUAGUAAAGAAGAAACACAGCGAGGGUAUCGCCAGUGGACCAUUAAUCUCUAGUAGCUGACCAUCAAAUUAUCUAGUCUUCUAGUUAGCUAUGGAAACUAGGAAACUAUCUAAAUUUUUAGAAUUGGGAACAAUUCUAAAAGGUAAGGUAGAAUUUAAAAACAAUAAAUCAAAGGAUGGAAUGUUAUUCUUUAUUUUCACUGACCGCAUAUACAUAUACAUAUAUAUAUAUAUAUAUAUAUAUAUACAUUGAAUUGUCUGUGAUUAUGCCAUGUUAAUGAUGGAAAGCUAUUUCUCAUUUUACCUUUAGUCGAGCGGUGUAGUGAAACAUCUCAUAUUAAAAUAAGGAUUAUUUUCUUGGCUAGUUUGCACUGGGUGUAUAUGUGUCAGGCACUAUGAAGUGUCUGUUGGUGGCUUAUUAAAAAAUGCACCUUAUUUUUUCUACCAUAACCUUUCUACACUAGAAAAUGAGAUACUUUAGAAUGCUUCUAAUAGUAGCAUUCUUACUAUGAUAUAUGAGAAUUUCACUUUAUAAUGAGGUGAGUUAAUUUGCCGAUUUUUCAUGUCAUUGUGGAAAUUGUUUGAUUCUGAAAACAUUGUAUUAUAGUAUGUUGUUUCAUAUGUAUCGCUUGCCUAUUAUUAAGAGUAAUAUUGCACCAAUUAAGGUGUGUUCAGAUUAGGAUGUAAAAAAAUCAUAGGUACCCUGUUUUUCAUGUCAUAUUAGGUAUCUUUUUGAGUCUCAGUUACUUUAGGCACCAAAAGGCAAAAGAAAAAUACAUAUAUAUGAAGAGAGAUGAACAUAGAUCUGUGUAGAAUGUGAGAGCGUUGCGGGCCUGCACCCUGUGGUUUUUGGUCAUUUCAAGAACACAUCAUAUUUGGAGAUACUGCAAUACAAUAUUUUUGUUUUAAACUUUUCUUGUAUUCUUGUAUAUAUUUGUAUUAUGUUUUAAAUGCUUUUCUUGUCAUAGUUUGAAUUUUCAGUUUGAAAAAACUGCCAAGAAGAAGUAAAAAUAGGAAAAAUUAAAUGGUGUAUCUCUAAAAUGUUGUGAUCUGAAAAUUAAAGUCACCUUGGGUGGAGAGAAUUUGUUUCUGAUGCUUUAUCUUUAGAAUAAUUAUUUGCUUUCAAAUGUUGUUUGGAAAGUAGAAAAAACGGUUCAGUGUUUCAAAGGAGAGAUGUCAAUAUAAUUGUGACUUGAAAUAGUGGCAGAUGAAUAUGUAGCUUAUCACUGAUUCAGAAUAAAAGUUAUUUUUCAGAAACA